CACUGAUGGGCACAGGUGGGUGGCACUGGUGGGCACAGGUGGGUGGGCACAGGAGGGUGGCACUGCUGGGCACAGGUGUGUGGCACUGCUGGGUGGCACUGCUGGGUGCACUGCUGGGCACAGGUAGGUGGCACUUCUGGGCACAGGUGUGUGGCACUGCUGGGUGGCACAGGUGGGUGGCACUUCUGGGCACAGGUGUGUGGCACUGCUGGGUGGCACAAGUGGGCGCACUGCUGGGCAUGGGUGGGUGGAACUGUUGGGUGGCACUGCUGGGCACUGAUCAGUGACCUGAUGAUCGGUGCCGAUCCCUGCUCUAACAGCCGUGUCAUUGGCCUUUUACCACAUCACGUGAUCAGCUGUGUCCGUAGGAGAGCGCA